AUGGUGAGCAAUCUAAUCGUGAUAGCAGCCCUAGAAGAAACUGCACCUGGGAAAGCUGAAAUCCUCUUGAAUAAACUAGUGAUAUCAAACGACGUCGCACAGACAGAGUACCAAGUUGCUACAAGAAUGCGAGCCACUGGAGCACACAGUUGGAUUCCUGGUCUAACACGAUAUAGAUUUAAUGUCGCCAGGCAACACGCUCACAUGUAUGGAGGAGGUGCUGAAGUUGAAACUCGUAGUGUGCCGAGGAUACUGUGGGUUUAUCCAAGACCACAGUUUUGGUUUGAACAGCUCCUUUUAAACCGAUAUCAAGAUCAUCUAUGGCGAGAGCACUUCAGGGUAAGCAGGGAUACAUUCCAACACAUUUGUGGUCUCGUUGGCCCUCAGUUAAUGCGGCAGAAUACAAUUCUUCGUGAAGCAAUCACCGUAGAGAAGCGAGUGGCUGUUGCUCUGUGGAGGUUAGCUACUGGAAUUUCGUAUAGAACCGUGGGAUUAACGUUUGGGAUCAGCCGAUGUACUACCAUGAAUGUCAAGGACGAAUUCUGCUCUGCCUUGAUGAGAAGAGCUAAUGAUUUCAUCAAUUUUCCUAAGGCUGAGGCCGAAACAAGGCAAGCAAUACAGAAAUUUCAAGACAUCAGUCACUUCCCUCAGGUUGUAGGAGCACUUGAUGGGUCUCAUAUACCAAUUAAAGCCCCGAAAGAAGAACCAAACGAGUACGUAAAUCGAAAAAGCUUUCAUAGCAUAGAAAGUUGCUUGCACGUGAGUACCGGCUAUGCAGGGAGUAUUCACGAUGCUCGCGUGCUACGAAUGAGCUCCCUACUCACAGCAGUAGAAGACGGCGAUAUUUUGCAUUCCCCAUUGCGUCGAAUAGGCGGUAUGCAGACCAGAGCCCUGACCGACCGGCAGAGAGAUUUUAAUAAAUCCCUGAGCAGUGCAAGGGUAGUUGUUGAGCAGGCAUUUGGACUGUUAAAAGGGAGGUGGCGGUGUCUACUGGAUAAGCUGGAUGAAUCAGUGGACAAAGUACCCUCUAAAAUUAUUACCUGCUGUAUUCUACACAACAUAUGCCUACAGGUCAAUGAUGGCACCGAAAUUGAUGUUGCCAAUGAUGAGGAUGGGAUUCUCGGAGUUCCCCUCCCAGGUCAUGAUAUUAAUGCGGAUGGUGCAAGACUAAGGAACACUAUAAAAGACACUUUGUACUGA